AUGACGGAUUCUAUUGUGCAACUGGGGUGGACCCGAAGCUAGAGGUGCAGGGGGUAUAUAAGCGGGAGGCAGAGAGACCGUGUCAGUCAGUUGACGAAGUGAGCAGGAUGGCACAGCGCAUAGAAGGUUACGGAUUGGUUUCACUGGCGGUAGUGCUCGUAGUCACAACCAUGUGUGACGCCACCAGCUCCAAGACUCUUGUGCCUAAUAUCCCAGCUAGUGUAACCUUGGAGACCACCAGCCUCUACAACCUGUGGACUCACGCACUCCGGCAGCAAAAGGACGGGAGAGGCAACCCACUGAGGGCUGAUGGACCAGGUCCCAACACCAUCCUGUCUCCUGAAGCCGGGAAGAUGGUAAACCUUGCACCUAUGGAUGGCCCUCACCCGCUCUACGCCGAUGAGUACACUGACCUACGAACUGAAUUUCUACUUGACCACAUGAUAGCAGAAGCUGUGAGUCCUGAUGAUGCCAGAAUGUCACGGCCUGAGGGUCUUACUGUCAACAACCUCAAUGGAAAACAACUUACAUUGAAGAAGGACGCCUCGGGGAAGAUCAGUGUUGGGGGGAUAACUGUGGAAACCUUCCAGACGCUACCAGAUGGUCGCAUCAAUUAUGAUCUGAGUGACUUCCUGUUCGACCAUGAGCAGCGUGCACAUGAGGCACUUGAGCACCUUCAUGAGUCUCAACCUGUGUUGACACCAUUUCAUGCUCAUCUAGAGCUCCCGCCCUUCUGAGUGUGUUCAUGAUGACCACCAGACAAUCGUUGUACACAUAACAUCAACAUCCUCCUCUCCUGACAGCUGAAUGAUGUCUAAUAUGCAAUUAUUAUGAAAGUCAAUACAUGUAGACAUUUUAUUUACCGGGUACUCAUUUAUUUAGAUGAAUCCUUUUUUUUAAUAAUUUAGUGUGAUUAUUAUUGUAAUAAUUCAUAAUACCUAUUGUAUUUUAUGUAAGAUACUGUAAUUACUUUUAUUUAAUCAGGCGUGGUGUAACAUGUAGUAUCCAGAGGUGUGGAAAGUAUAUGUACAGUACAGUAAUCUGAAAAAAAUAUAUAGUAUACUGGAAAAAUAGCCUUCAUGAAUUGUACUAAAAUUGGAGUAUAAACGUACUAAUUUAUUGUGUAUUUUAUUACUGAAAAGUAACAGUUAAGUUGUUUUUCAAAUGUUGGUUCAACAUUUCUCCCAUACAUCCCCAUCUUUGCCUUCUCUGACAGUUAUCUUUUUAUCUAAAUAUUUAUCAAUCCAUCAUUUCCUCUUUUCUUUAGUAAUUGUGGGUCAGUUCAUCACUCAUCAUUCUAAUUGCUGACAUCCAUUCCCAGAUAUAUAAAACCCUCCAUUUAACUCUACUGUAUUCUAUAUUCAUUCAAGCGAACACUAUUUUGUCAAAAGUCUCCCCUCUCUACUUAUUUUCAUCACUUGCUUUUCUUUCACAUUCACUGAUAGCAAAAUCCUAACAAAUACUCUUCCCAACUCUUUCACUAAUAUUUGACUGCUCCAGGGUCAUUUCAACUGAUAACUCCACCUAACUCACCUCCCAAGUAUUUCCCAUAUUAUGACUCACUAAACUAACACUUCUCUCUAAUACUGUUGGUUAUUUUCACCUCUCUUACUACAGGUAUAGCAUUAGUUAAAAUACAAAUUAGCCUAUUAUGUCCAACUGUUAUUGGAAAACAGUUUACCUUUUCUCAUCUCACUCCAACACAUGUUCCUUUCUCCCCGUCAAAACUCUGGACAUCAUUCAAUAGCUUCCCAUUUACCUUUUACCUUGUCAAUACCUUUUACACUACUCUUCAACUACUCUUAUCAUAUGAUUUUUCUAAAUUCGUAAAUGUAUGUUUCACUUAUGUACUUUACGCAAAGCCUUGAUUCACACUUUCUCUGUCUUUCCUGAACCCACAUGCUCUGCUCUUCCCCUGUCUCAUUCUCUCUCAUCUUGCUACAACUUUCAGUAACAGGUCACACCUGAUAUACUCAACUUUUUACUUUUAUCCUCUUCACCACUGAUCAGCUUGUCAGCCGCUUGGGCGAUCGGUCAUGUCUGUUACUUUUCUUAACCCCUAUGUUUACUUAUAUUCUAAUCGUCUUUUUUCUACAGAUUUUGGCAACAUUGUAAAGUACAGUACUUAAGUUAAAGUACAAUAUUUUUUUCCAAUACUUUAAUUAAUUUGACGGUAAAAGUACCACAAGGUAAAUGUACUUUCCACAAAGUAGAUUUUCGGAAAAAGAAAACUUCUUAAGUAAAGGUACAUAAGUAAAGGUACUCCACUACUCCACACCUCAGGUAUCUCACAAAUACGGCAUAAGUAAGACAGGAAAUGUAGUUUGUUGAUCGUAUGAUGUACAGUUUAGUACAGUACUGUACUAUGCUACCUGAAGGCUCAGCAUGUUAUGGCCUGUGUGAGAACACUCGGAACACCGUUAUUACAAAAUACUAUAUCAGUUUGUGUGUGUGUGUGCGCAGAUGUUUAUUACAGUACAGUACUUUGAUUUUUUAGAGGUGGGAUCUUAUGGUUCAGUAGUGUGAUAUCUUUUUUGUUAAUGUGUGAAGAAAUAUGAUUCAUAUACGUAUUGAAUUUAUCUUAAAGACACUAAUAGAAUAUUUGUUCAUAUUGUUUGCUUGAAGAAUCUGAAGAUCCUUGAGCAAAUUAUCUAAAAUUUGAAUUAAAUAAUAUUGUCCA